AUGGGCAGCAGUGAUACGAUGAAUGUGUUUGCGAGCCGUAAACUUGAGCUGGAGAGAUUAGCUGCAGACGACUUUGAGAUCAUCCGCGUACUCAGUGUUGGUACGUACGGUAUAGUGAAGCUAGCCAAGCACAAACCGACUGGCAUUAGUGUUGCACUCAAAGUGCUGUCCAAAGAGCGUGUCAUUAGUAUUUAUUUACCUGGUGGAGAACUUUGGAAUCUGGUCUAUUCUCACACUGAAGGUCCGAGAGAAGAGGUUGAUACUAUCAAGACUGCCACACAAUUAAGGGCUCAACACUAUCUGAAGGAUGACAGCAAUGAACUCCGUCCAGCUACUCCAAUUGAUAAAUUAAAGCCAACGGCGUUCCAGCCUCUUCUACAUAUUCAAUCGCGAACAAUAAAGGCGGAAGAGAUUGCUAUGGAGUAUUUGCAUGAUCAAGGGCUGUUGUACCGUGACCUGAAACUUGAGAACCUAGUGCUGAACUCAAAAGGCUAUGUUAAGAUUGUGAACUUUGGUUUUGCCAAGAUGGACGCGCAGCGGACAAAGGGUGCUGAUGAUAGUUUGGAACAGACACGAAAUGCUCGCAACCUGACGUUGUGCGGAAGCAUGGACUAUAUGGCACCAGAGGUACUUCUUCGUCAGCCACAUGAUCAGCGCGUGGAUAUUUGGUCCUUUGGUAUCAAUCAUCAUGUAUGA